AGUGACGUCAUUGUUGAGUUCAGACAGGACUUCCUUGAAAGAAGAGCAGUUGGCUAAACCCCUAGUUAAACUAUUGUCCUAAAAUUGAACGAAGCCAGCAUUCAAGAGAUGGGCUUACUUUAAGGAACUAGUAUUCAGUGUAAAGUUGGAACACGGUGAUGCCCAAAUGAUGGACAGCAUGGAUGAAAAGACAACUGUGGGUGUGACUCCAUGGGCAGGGUGUGUGGUGGUGUUCCUGCAGUCUGUUUCACCAUCAGUGAAUCUUCUUUCCAUCUAUAAAGACCCAAAUGGCAAGUUCAGCGUGUUCAAAGUCCUUAAACUCACUCUUUCAGAUGUAAUUGGCUAUGAGGGAUAUGAAAUCUUGAAGUUGCAUGAUGCAGACCCUGCCCUGGGAGUGGAACUGAAGUUCACAGCAAUGUCACCAUGUCGCCGCUUCCUUGAAAGCUACGCAUGUGGACUUCUGAGACAAGCCCUCCAUCAGCAUUCAUCCAGGCUUCUAGUUCGCCCUGAAGAUGUCAAUAUACAGAUGCAGCUGAAAGCAGCAACUCACACACUGGACCACUGCUUGAAUGACUUGGAAUGCUGCCUUACAUAUAUAAGCACAUCGCAGCCUGUUAGACUUAGAGAUGAUGAAAUCACACAGCUGGAGCAAGCACUGGAGCUGAGUUAUGCCUGCCAGACCCUACGCAUAAAGGAAGUACCCAACAAUUGCUUUCUGUUUCAGGAGAGAGUUUUUGGAGACCGACAGCUGACUCCUGCAGAUCAGCAGCGGUUUGCAGCUCAUAUUGGGCGGGACUGGAAGAGAGUUGGACGAACCUUACAGAAAGGGUGUCGUGCCCUAAAAGGGUCGGCUAUUGACAAUUUGGCAUAUGAAUAUGAAAGGGAGGGACUUUAUGAACAGGCCUAUCAGCUAUUGGGACGCUUUAUCCAGUCAGAGGGCAGAAAUGCCAAACUUGGCCGUAUAAUUGGCGCACUGGAGGAAAAUAAAUUGACCACUAUAGCAGAGAUUAUGCUAGAUAUUAAACCAAGAGAUUGAUUAUUGUGCAAGGGGAAGGCAAAAAGAUGACUCUAUUUCAGCGUAAGUCAUUCAGUUCCAUUGGUCAUUUAUCUUUCAAGUGACUUAAGUAUGUUAGAAUGUGCUUUUUUUGUAACUUUCAUCUGCUGUGUUUCUGUGUUUCUUUUGUAAAGAUUAAAGUUUCUCAUCAUA